AUGGUCGACAAUACGCCAGACUCCCUCAACCCGUCCAACAGCUUUCUAGGAGCCAUCCGAGACGCCAUAGCUGAACAGUCACAGUAUGCUGACGACCACCUGAUCACAUGGGAUCGCUUCGGAUCGUUAUCGGCUUAUGUGUGCUCCUUCUACGGGUUCUCCACGAUGUUCCUUGCGUUUAUCCUUAAUCGUACGGCAAUCUUUGCCACGGCUCGUUCAAGCAACUGGCCAGGACUCAGAUUGGCCCGCAGUCGGAGCGCCAAUUCCCGCUCUCAGUGGCUUUUCACGAUCACUACCACUUUCCUCAGGCUCUCUGCCGCUGCUGCGUUGCUUUACGCGAUGAAAAAUGUGCUUGUGACGCUAAAGAUUAUCAAGGAUAAUGCUCAGGACCCUGACCUGCUUCCACUUUUGAUCCGGCUCAUUCCUAGUGACUGGCUUCAGUACGACCCGGUGAAAUACGCUACCGACCGAUAUAUGAGUAUGCCCAGAACAGAAGUACGCUUUGGUCCGACAUCAGAUAUGCUUUGGCCCGUGUACUUAGCUGCAAGCUACCUGGAGUUUAUCGAGGUGUUCGUCUCGGCGAUCUCCGGGAAAACUCCGAAAGUGGGCAGAGCGAUCACCAUUCUUGAGCUCUCUGUGUCUCUUCAAGAGGUGAGCUCCGGGUUGAGCUUUCUCAGGAAGUAUAACACAGCAAAGAGACCCACAGAGCAAGUGUUGAUGGUGUGCAUGUUUCUGUUGGCAGACCACCUUCUUUUCCACUUCGGGACCCUCUUGUACGGCAGGAGGUACCGUUUGAUCCCCCUGUCGAUAAUUAGCAUCAUGUUCCUCAGCUACCACUUGCGCUGCUUAAGGAACGGUUCAUGGAUCAAUUUUCCCGCUGUGAUCAUUUCAGCUUACACUUCGCUACUAUUCUUGUGGGCGGUGAUUAUCCUGUGUGCAUUGAUCUUCCUUCUUGCUAUCAUUGCCAAGGGAUCCAAGUAUGAGGAACUCCAGUUUGCCAGUUACUUUUCUACCUCCGAAGAAGGCAACGAGUUUUUCUCGAAGCACAUUGGUUGUUCUCUUGACGAUGACUUUUUCCUGUUCUCUCUGAAAUUGAGUUUAUUUGCAAUCACGCUGGCCGGCAGAUCAAGUUACAUUACAGAGUAUAAUUACGUCACGGGUUCUCAGAGCACCUGGAUCGAGCAGUCUUUGGCAGAUAAAUUGUCAUCUAUCUUUGGCGCUGGUAGCCUUAGUAGAGAUGCCGAUUCGGUGAAAAGCGGGAAGAUUCUUGCAUACCUCAAGGCGAACCGAAUGUCAGGAUACGGGAAUCUCGUAGACAGGCCACCUCUUCGUCUCAUCUCGAUGGCAAGAGACGAAAAGUUCAACUUCAAAUUACAAGGGGCUUGGAAACAAAGGUACCACUACUUCCGCGAGUCCAUUGUGCGCUUGUACCAGCUCGUGUCAGCGUUGAUUAGCUCAUUCACCUUUCAGUUGAUACCUAACCUAUUCCGUAAAUAUAUCUUGAGAAGACCAGUCAGUCUCUGGGGCAGUGAUCACGAAACAGAGGAAGAAUACAGACAACGCCAGAGCAGAGCACCUAAGUUUGUGCAGCAGUUCAUCAAGAAGAGAGAACCGAAACAAAGUUCUGGUUCCAAAUUCAACAUCAACGAUCUUCAAGAUGACGAUAUCGCUGCCCAAUACUCAACUUUACUACAAAGUGUCGAGUUCAAUGAGGAAGAUGAGUCUCCAGACUACGUCAUUGAAGACCAUGAGCUGGAAUAUGAGACGGAUUCAGAAGCAGAAUCUAUUGACCUCACGCAUGGCCAAAUAAUCCCAGGAAGAACGCCCUUGCAAGCCACAGCGGUAACUCUGGCGCUUGGGGAAUUGAUGACAGCAGAAAAUUUGCUUGAGAUGCUUCAGGAGGACCCAGAUUUGCUCAUGCAGCACCUUAAUUACGACAGUGCCAAAGAAGGAAUAAUGACCAGAUCCCGUUAUCGUGCACGCAACCGGAAGGGGUUCCACGAGGCCGAGGAGCUUUUGGACUUGCUCUUGACGAAAAGGGCUCGAGAGGAACGCAAAAACACCCGAUCAGGCCAAGAUGGCGGCGACGACGACGACGAAGACUUGCUAGAUGCAAGAUUAGCAUGUGUCGUCUGUCAAGUCAACAUAAGAGAAAUAAUUACAUGGCCAUGCAAGUGUUUUGCCAUAUGUGAGAGCUGUCGUCUCAGUCUCAUGGCAAAAAACAUGGAAGGCUGCGUGUGUUGUCGAAGAGAUGUUGAAGGUGUAUCCAGAGUUUAUCUUCCUUGA